CAAGCUGACGCUGUACCACAUCAAAGAACGACAAUUAGUUUCGGGACGUUGCUAUACAAUUUCCUGUUUGUAUUUUCAACAACAAUCGUACUGUCUCACGAAACAAAAUAGGCCAAAUUAUUUGCCUAGCGUUGGCUCAAAAACUCUUACGCCACGCUAAAUACCAUCACAUAUUUUCGACACUUAGAUAUCCGCAGUCGAGUGUACGGGCAGCGAUGGCAACAACAGAAGAGCGCCCCCUAUUUUCUUUUGGAAUCAUUGCAGACGUCCAAUACGGAGACCUUGACGAUGCCAUGAACUUUACCCAGACUAAAAAGCGGUACUACAGAAACGCCCUCUAUCUCUUACGUGAGGCAGUGCAGCACUGGAAGGAAGAAAACAGAAUCCAGUUUGUACUUCAACUUGGCGACAUCAUAGACGGCUUUAACACAAGACGGAAAAACUCAGAGAACGCUCUGCAAGCUGUCUUGAAAGAAUUUCAAGGCGUUCCUUUCGGACUGCAUCACAUAUGGGGCAACCACGAAUUCUACAACUUCUCAAGAAGCUAUCUUAUGAAGUCACCGCUAUUCACUGGACCAGAGUCUCAAGACAUUGCCAGUAAUCUUAAAGAAGUUGUGAAGAAGGAAGCAGACGCUGUCUACUACGAUUUCUCUCCAUACAAUGGCUACAGAUUCGUCAUUCUUGAUAACUAUGACAUCAGUAUGUGUGGAAUAGGGAGAGAUAAAGAUUCGCCACAGUACAAGAAAGCAGGGGAGAUUCUGAGACAAAUGAACAAGAACGAGGAACUGAAUUCGCCAGAUGGUCUUUUUGGGGUCGACCGUAGGUUCGUUCUGUUUAACGGUGGCAUGGGGGAGGAGCAACUGCAGUGGCUGCGUGAAACGCUAGAGGUCGCUCGCCAACGAGGGGAGAAAGUCGUGAUAUCAGGUCACGUUCCCGUUCACCCAAACUCUUGCUACGUGAUGUGUCUACUGUGGAACUACCAAGACGUCCUGAACAUCCUCCAAGACUUCUCAGACGUCGUGCUGGCUUACUUCUCCGGGCACGAUCACGGGGGUGGGUACCACUUCGACUCUGGGAACGAGAUCCAUCACGUGACCCUACCGGGUGUUAUUGAAGUGCCGCCCGGAAGUAACGCCUUCGGUACUGUGGACGUUUUCUCGGACAGACUUGUGAUGCACGGAGUCGGGCAACUGGAGAGUCGAGUCAUGAAAUAACCCAAA